AUGGAGAUUCUGAAGUCUGGGAGCUCUUCCAAAAGCCAAUAUGUGUUGAAGACCCUACCAGAUGCUUUCUUCCUCUUUGAGAAGAAGCAGGAAAAGAAAACUUUCUCUAAAGGGCAACUUGACUCUUUUCACACCCUGAAGACCUUGGAAGCUGGUGGCAAUAACUUCAUUUGCUCCUGCGAAUUCCUCUCCUUCACUCAGGAGCAGCAAGCACUGGCCAAAGUUCUUAUCGGUUGGCCAGCAAACUACCUGUGUGGCUCUCCAUCUCACGUGUGUGGCCAACAGGUUCAGGACGUCCGCCUCUUGGUGUCGGAGUGCCACAGGGUGGCACUGGUGUCUGGCAUGUGCUGUGCCCUGUUCCUGCUGAUCCUGCCCACGGGGGUCCUGUGCCACCAUUUCCACGGCCUGUGGUACAUGAAAAUGAUGUGGGCCUGGCUCCAGGCCAAAAGGAAGCCCAGGAAAGCUUGCAGCAGGGACAUCUGUUAUGAUGCAUUUGUUUCUUACAGUGAGUGGGAUGCCUACUGGGUGGAGAACCUUAUGGUCCAGGAGCUGGAGAACUUCAAUCCCCCCUUCAAGUUGUGUCUUCAUAAGCGGGACUUCAUUCCUGGCAAGUGGAUCAUUGACAAUAUCAUUGACUCCAUUGAAAAGAGCCACAAAACUGUCUUUGUGCUUUCUGAAAACUUUGUGAAGAGUGAGUGGUGCAAGAAUGAACUGGACUUCUCCCAUUUCCGUCUUUUUGAUGAGAACAAUGAUGCUGCCAUUCUCAUUCUUCUGGAGCCCAUUGAGAAGCGAUCAUUCCCCAGCACUUCCGUUAAGCUGCAGAAGAUAAUUAACACCUAGACCUGCCUGGAGUGGCCACUAAUGAAGCUCAGCAGGAAGGGUUUUAGUUAA